UUAAAAAUACCUAUUUGCCUUUGGUUGAUUCUUGCCUUCUCUGAGUCUGAGGGGCAUAGGAGGUGAUGGAGGAGAUGGUAAGGUUUAGGAAGAGAUAAGGCUGCAGGAAGCUAUAAGCAACUGUAAUCUGCUAUCCACACUCUCUCCAUCCUGCAGAACUCCACUGUAUAUAGAGGUAAACUGAAGUGGAAGUUACUUAUCUGUGUUCAAAGCAGAAUCUUCUAAUUUUCUCUGAAGCCCACCCUGUACUUCUGAAUACUUUGUUGGGUAGCAUGGCUCUUUCUCUCCUAGUCUUUUUGGCUCAGCAAGAAUACCGGAAACUCCACUCUCCUGAAGGGUAUUACUUUUCAUGGCCUUGCAUGUGGCUAUAACUCAUUGAUCUUGAAUGUAGCUGCACCCCCGGCUCCUGAAAUGGCAGAAAGGACAUACAGAAGGGAAUUAAUCUCAGCCAUAUCCAUUCACAACUGAAACACAGAACUGGUUCUUCAGCAUCCAGAGGCCAAAUGUCAAGCUCCAAUAAGAGGAAAGAUGCAAAUGCUUCCUCAGCUUCAAGGAACUGAGGCCUCCCAGGAAUGUUGUCUUUGCUCCUUUCUUGAUCCCACCUUUGCAAUUGAGUGAGGAGGAAGUUUUCAUUUAUUCUUCAAGAUAGAGUAAAUCACUCUUCUCUCACCACCUUGUCUUUGUGUUAAUGCUUGCCAUGGAUGACAUUUGGCCAUUAACAGCUAAGCUCCCUCUUCCAUCUAAGUUUUUAUCCCUGGAAACAUUCACAGGCAAGUAAGAGCUGGAUGAUUAAUUUUCGAAUAAGGAUGUGUUUGAGAACAGGCCAGGGGCACACAUCAACAGCCACAUAGCCGUUGGCUUAAAUGGAUGAUAAAUUCUGCAUCCCAACUAAUACAGGCCCAUAGUUCCUGCUUUGAAAACCAGGGGUGAUGACAGGGGCCAUGGGUUUCUAGUGCUUUCCACACCUGUCUCAGAAAGCAAGCAAAAUAACCACUUGGGAGAAUUAAGAUAAUUGUGUGUUGAGUGUUUUUCCCUAAGAAAGAGUUGAUCUGUUGCUUCUUUUGAUUAGGCUUUUAUUUUUGCCCUUUCCCUCUCUCCACUGAGUUUCUAGUUGCUUCUUUUUUAUUUUAUUUUAUUUUAUUUUUUUACACAAAAGACAUCAUGGGUAAGAAGAGGAGAUUUUAUUUUGAAGAACAAUGACCACAUUAACAAGGUGACAACAGAUAAGCUAAAAGUCACUCCAUUUUCUGCCAGGGAAAAAGGUCCUUUGCUGCCAAAUCACAUUCUGCUUCUCUUUGUCUACUCUCCUUUUAUAGGAGGGUGGCAGGCCCAGCCACUGAUGGACUCAGAAGAAAUAUCUGGGAGAUAAGAUACACCCUUGAUUCAUAUGAGAAAAGAAGCUUUUGAGUUCAAUGAUAAAAAAUAACUUCCUUUCCUGUUCCACAACAUUCUUGUGGCUGGAGCCCUCUGUAGGACAACGACAUUUCUCUCCCCUUGGUCCAACAUAUCAAGCUGAAAAUAACUAUGAAUUUGGAAACUUGGUAAAGGGCAAAAAUCCAAUUUCUUGCAUUUAAUAGAUAUCUAGGCUUAGAUUAGAUUCUGUAGGUAUAGAAUCUGCCCUACAUCCUGCUCUAUAUUUGGGGCAAAACUGAGAACCUCUCUAUCUUUAAAGUGUCACAGCUACAUUUAGAGACCCAACCCAUUCAGCAUUCUGUGAAAGAACAGUAGAACCAAAUAUCCAUGUGUGAUUAUAUUCCCGUGUGUCUAUUUAAAAAAAAAAAGAAAAGAAAAAAACAAACUUCAAAAUGAUUGGAGAAAGAAAAACUGGAUGUGGGAUGGAGUAGGUGACAAGGGAAAGGGAAGGAAGCUUCUAAGGAAGUGAGAUUUGAGCUAGGCUUUGAUGAAUUGGUAGAAAUGUAUUAGCCAGAGAAACAUUUUAGGGUAUAUCUUUUUUGUUGUUGUUGUUGUUGUUGGAGUCUUGCUCUGUCACCCAGGCUGGAGUGCAAUGGCACAAUAUCGGCUCACUGCAACCUCCGCCUCCUGGGUUCAAGCGAUUCUCCUGCCUCAGCUUCCCGAGUAGCUAGGAUUACAGGCGCAGGCCACCAGGCCUGGCUAAUUUUUUUGUAUUUUUGGUAGAGACGGAGUUUCACCAUGUUAGCCAGGAUGGUCUCGAUCUCCUGACCUCGUGAUCCGCCCUCCUCGGCUUCCCAAAGUGCUGGGAUUACAGGCGUGAGCCGCCACGCUCGACCUAGGGUAUAUCUUUCUAAGUUUUGGUUUCUUCUAUAAAAUCUCAUAGGCUUGUUGUGAAGAUUUAAUGGCAUAAUUAAAAUAGUGCACAUGGCACACUGCUUGGGACAUAAGGACUGAAUAAGUGGUUGUAGUUGUUGUCAUUGCUACUAUUAUUAUCAUUGCAAUUAGGAGGUGGUAUUGGAAGUAUGUGAAAAGAACCUUCGUAGGGACAUGAUGCUAUUACCACAGGUAAUUAAAGCCCUUUUUCCUGACCCCUUUUUCUCUGAUCUUAUCCCGUUCUUUCUGAGACUGUCAUCUUUUAUAUUUUGGCAUACUUUGGUUAAUAUUAGUUCGCUUCUGGCAAGAUGAAAGCAGACCCAACCAAGUAUCAAAAGAUUUUUUUUAACCCCACUCCAUUUCCCAAUAUAACAUCUUAUACACUGAUUUACAAUUUCAGUAGUGGGUGGAUAUUUGAGUGAAGAUGUAAAUAUAAAACCAAUAGCUUAUGCUAUAAUUUCUCCAGGGGUCUUUGUUUUCAGCAACUUAUUUUAGCAAUUUCAAAAAAUAUUCACUCCGGUUAUUUUGAUUUUCUUCUAAUCUGUUUAUCUUCCAGUGAUUUCAUUCAAGUCACAAAGGAAAGGUGUUUCUGGAAAUAAGCAAUGAAACAUUUCUUUUUUAAGUUUAGUAGUUAAUAUGGCAGUAUUUUUGCCUCAUAAGUGAUGGAUAUAAUGUGUUUGAGAGGGGCUUGUCCAUUGAUGUUAGGGACUGAGGAGAUUGUCACAUGCAGUGGUUGGGGGAAACCAGGAUGUUAAUGUUAAAAGUAAUUUAAUGACUCAUGUGCUCAGGAGGAUUAUGCUAAUUGCUUGGUCAUAGCUUAUCCUCAUCACAAUCCUCUGAUGCAGGUACAGUUAUUCUUCUCCUUCCAUAGAUGAAGAAAAUGAGGCUUAGAAUAUUUACAUAACAACUUGCCCAAGAUUACAGCUUAGUUGUUGCAGAGCCAGAAUUUAGACUCAGUUCUCUCUGGCUCCAAAACCUAUGUUUUGUGUGUGUUUUUCUUUCUUUCUUUCUUUCUUUUUUCCAGUAGGUUAUACUGUCUGCAGGGAUUUAAAAAUAAUGAUCCCAAACUAAACAUGGGAGUGAUGUUUUUAGGUUAUCAUACAGUGCCUUGGGGAAAGUGGGAGCUCUCAAUGAGGUUAAGGGUUAAAAGAUGUGCUGUGGCCUGUGCUACAAUCUCUGUUUAGUUCAUCCAAAGUAGAAGGAAUUUAGUUCUGAUCUGAAGGUGCAAAAACUGAUCAGAAGAAAUGGCCUCAAUCAAAAUACAAGACUGUGAACUGAGAAGUGGUGUCACUUGGACAAGGGACAGAGCCAAUAGUGUCCUGUGUCUUGAAAAAAGGGAGGGGCAUGGUAGGUAAAGCCUGUUACCUUCACUUUUGGUUUCUUUAAUGACACUAGAACUUUUUGCUAAUUAACUUGAUUGCCUGCAACUGAUAUAUUUAUUACUAAGCAUUGUUUAUCAAUGACAUAUUGUUCAAAUAUUUGUUUCCCAGGAGAAGGUUGUAAAUGUCCUCUGGGAUCAUAAAAGGUGAUGGAUUAACAAGUGCUGGUAGUUGUGGUAGGUCAAGAAGUUACAAUGCAGAAUUUCCCAUACUGUUGUUUGGAUAUGUUGGCAGGUCAGCAUGAAGAGAUGGUGUUUUUCCAUGAUGAGAAAGAUGAUAGUUUGUCCUCUAAUUUCUUAGCUUUAGCAUCCGGUGAAGUUGCUUGCAGGGACUAUAUUUUAUCUUAUCUCAUUCAAAGUCUCUGAAUGAAAUAACAAGUAGCAAAUAUGAUUACAACUCUUUCUGUAGUUACAAAAACCUAUUUUUAAAUGUCUCCCAUCUACAAUUGGCUAUCUUCAUACCACCAUCUGCUUUCUCAAAUUUCCCAAGGCCAUUUGCUGUGGAUAACCACAAAGCUGCCCUGGGCCAACAAUGCCACCUGUUGACUGGAACAGAGAACUCUUGGAUUCAAUAUCUUUUUCCCCUCCACCUCCUUUCUUGCACCUUGGAAUGAUAAUGCAUGUGUCUCUGAAGUUCCCCACACCAGCCAGAUGUUCCAGUCAUACCAAAAAAUUGCUUGCAAUUUCUCAUCACAUCAUGCUCUCUCACACACCUACAGGUCUGUGUACACUAAAACCUCUGAAUGCUUUUAUGACCUAUUUUACCUGGCUAUUUUUUCAGUUUAGAAGCCUUAAGCAUCACUUUUUUGGGGGAAGCCUUCCCUGAAAUUGCCCAGGGUGAUUUAGAUAUCUCCCUUUCCAUAGCCUAUAUGUAAAGGAAAGAUAGUUGUGCCUGUCUAUCUUUUAGUGGAUGGUGGUGCUUCCAAGGGAAGAGGGUGAACCAGUACCCCUAUAAGGACCUGAGCCAGUGGUGGAGAUAGGGAGGGAUAAAGUCAGGCAUGGCUCCAAACAGUCUUUUAUAUCAUCAUCUGAAUUUUUUUUUCAUAGUUGCAUGCCUCAUCCUAAACAUUCUUAUAAAAUUAGCACUAUUAUCUAUGUUAUGUAAUAUAAAAUAAUCUCUCCUCAAUCAUUGAUUAAAGCUAGUGGUCCAGGAAGAUCCUUCUAUAUUUAUCCUGUGGCUUCCUGAACUGCCAGGCACGCUACAGUGUAUCUCGGGAGUAUGCAUAAGUCCCUCUGAAAACCAGGUAUAAAAUAGCGUCUCUCAAGGCAGCCAUUCAAUGGUCUCCUUCAGAGUAGGCCCUAGGUCUUUCAUCUCUGCUAUAGUAUUGUCUAGUGGAUUUUAGAUACUCAAGAAAUAUUAUUUUUUGGAAUGAGUUAAUCUUUCAAGUGAUAUCAGACAUAAUAAAGAAUCAGUGUCAUUAAUCUUCAAAAAGACAGAUAAUUCAUUUGUAGACCCCAAAGUCUCCAUCAAUCUACUACUCUUUCUCUAAUUAUUCUUGCAUUUUAUCAGGUACUGGCAUUUAAAAUUAAUUUUUAAAACUAUCUUCUUGAGUUAUGUUAACAUUGGUUACUCACUACCAUGAUACCAGUAUUAUUUUCCACUCUUCAUUGCAAAUACAUGUUUUCCAGCAAUAUUAUGGGGGAAAUAAGCCUUGAUGGAAAAACCUGGAACUCUAAACACCAUCUGUAGUUUCUUUUCCAUGGGAAAAUAUGUCCUGAAUUAAAAGGGAAAACUGACUUAGAAAUGAGCUUCGGAACACUUCAAGGCUGAAGAAGACUGCAUUCAAGCAUCAGACCCCUGCAUCCUACAGCUCGAAUUUAUACAGCUUACUGCCUGAAGCCUGGGGGCCUAAGGGAGGGAGCCUAAAUCCAGAGACACAAAAUGACAUCCUAGAACUGCUGAAGUGGGCAGGGAGGACCUCAGUGUGGUCCCCCGCUGGGCUCUUUCAGAGUUCUAUCAGCAUCAUCACUAGGCCAUCUUGGAUACAUAUUGACCAUCCCAGAAAGCCAGAAAACUUCUUUCUUACAAAUCCUACUGAGAUUUACAUCUCUGUGAUCCCAAAACUGUUCCCUCUUGAGACAAGAAAUAUCCGAAUCAUCUGUUUUCUGUUUCAAAAAGUCAAUUUUUAAAAAUAUUGUUUGUUAAGAAAUAUUUAUGAGAGAAGGAGCCCCUGUGUGCAAAGCAACUUUCUAACACAUGGUCCAUUUAUUAUGAAAUUAUUCUGCAGAAACUUCCUGUUGCUUUGUCUUUCUCCUUUUAUGUAUAUAUGUAUGUAUAUAUGUAUGUAUGUAUGUAUCUCUUUAGAGAUAGGUUCUUGCUCUUCUAACAUCCAGGCUGGAGUGCAGUACCGUGAUCACGGUUCACUGCAGCCUCGAACUCCUGGGCGGAAGCAAUCCUCCCACCCCAGCCUCCCAAGUAGCUGGGAUUAGCCACCAUGCCCAGCUAAUUUUUUAUUUUCUGUAGGAACAGAGUCUCACUAUUUGGCCCAGGCUGGUCUCAAACUUCUGGCCUCAAAUAAUUCUCCUGCCUCAGCCUCCCAAAGCGCUGGGAUUACAGGCAUGAGCCACCAUGCCCAGUUCCCUUUCUCCUUUUAGAAGUGAAUUACUCUGAACCAAAACCUUACAAGAGCAAGCCAAACUGUGCCUUGAUUCUCUUUCAUGUCAAAGUCUAGGUGGUAAGACAUGGAUAAGGGGCUUUUGACAAGAACAGGAGACUUCUUUACCUGGCUUCUCUAGUAAAGCUUCUAGUAUCUCAGAGGGGCCGUUGAUUCUCCAUACCUGGUCAUUUCUCCAUACCUGGUCAUUUCUCUUUCCUGCUAUUCCACUCAACCCUAUCCUCAAACAAGGAAACCUUCCCUCCCAAUUGAGUACAUGAUACUUUUAUGUCUCCUCUGCUCUGGAAAUGUCAUUUCUGAUUCUGCUGGGAAGGCAACCAAUGGAGGUCUCAGCCUAGAGCCUUAAUCCACUGUCCUAGGCAUGUUCUCAGACUGGGAAAAACUGUUGGGAAACAAGUUCAGAACCUGAACUAGGUGAGACUGCAAAUACUGGUAUAGACAGGUUUGUUUUAAUUUAUAAGGUUGCUCAGCAAAACAUCCCCUUUUCUGGAACAUAAUUAGUAUGUUUUUAACUGCAGAUGUAGAAAAAAUUGUUUAGGGUACAGACCAAUAUAUUUUCUUAUGUUUAUAAGGAAGGUUUCCUUCUCUCUGUUUCUCCUUUAUCUACUCUUUACGAAACCUUGCAAGGGUAGACUAAAAGGGACCUCCUUUCAUUACACAUCUUUUUUCCUAAGAAGCAAAAUGAACUAAAUUAGUUCAUUCACUCAGUACUGUAAAUACCAAAUAAAAAAGUCAUAGACGUAUAGAUAUAAAUACUGCUUCUGUAAUGAUUUUUGUGUGUGUGUUUGUAUAACUAGAGGGCACUCGGAGAAAGAAAAAAGAAAUUAUUCAAAGUUCAAAGGCUCCAAGAUUUACUAAGAAAAUAAGAAAAGGGGAAAAAAAGCCCAAGCAUUCACAUGCUAAGAUAGCUGAAGGAUCAAGUAAUAUGUUACCCCAGCAUUUUCUUCAAAAGAAACGGCUUUUGUAGAAACUGGUGGAAAGUCCAAAUCUGAACAUUUUUUCUGAUUAUAAUAAAUAAAGCUAGUAAUCCCUGUAGAGAUUAAGAAUGCAGGCUUUGGAGUUGCUUUCACUGUGCUGAAAUUCCAACAUACAGUCAAGGUUGAGAACACUGCUUUAAGUACUUAGUUGUAACUUCCUUUCUCAGAUAGUUCAGUUUGGCCCUAAUUUGGUUUAUAAUUACAGCAUUCUUUCCUUCCUUUUGAGAGUCUCCAUCUGUACAUUUCCCAAGUGUGUGGAAAGGGAGGGUGGACAUCUCUUUCCCUCUCUCCCACCUGUGUCUUUGCAUACCUUAUCUUCUUAGGAAGACAGCAUGACUAUUGUUGUUAAAUACAAAACUGACCCCAUAUUCUAACAAAUCAUAGUUCUUCUUGGCCCACAGCAUUACUUUUUAAUUUCAAUGAUGGAUUUCUAGGGGUCAUGCAUUGGCAUUAGCAGUCUUUAAACACAUCAUCUCUUUUUCUCUUCCUUCCAUCCACUGAUUGUUUCUUGAGGGAGGCUCUGAGCCAUUCACCUUGGUGAUUCUUUCCCCCAAACCAUAUCACCCAAAAUCAAGCUGCCAAGCCCAGGAUUGGAGGAGGAAAGGUGGUCUUCUGGAACUGUAUCCAUAGGAAUCCUUUCCGAACUGGCACUUUCAUGGGGCAUAUUGAAGUAUUGUGAAGACCUUGAGCAGCGACCGUAUUUGGAGCCAUCAGAAAGGAUUUACCUUUUUUUUUUUUAAGUCUUUAGUUUAUGAUCCUUGUGCUCAAACCAACAAUCUUUAACCAUUAGUACCUGUUUUGACAUAUGGCCAGAAAUUUAUUUUAAAGAACGGCAUUAGUUAGCCUUUUCUGCAUAAAAAAUCACCCAGUACUUAGUGGCUUAAAAUUUAGUGGGUGGUUCUGGUCUGGGAUGGCUCAGUUAAGCUCUGUGGAGUUUGCUUAUGUGUCUAUAGUCAGCUGGGGCUGAAUGACCUAGAGUGGCCUUAUUCAUGUCUGGUGAUUAGCAGACCAAGAUGGGGGUAGGGGACAACUGGGCCACCUGUACCCCCUCAUCAUCCAACAGGCUGGGCCAGGCUUCUUCAUGAGCAGCAGUAAGCAGGGCAGGUGCCAAGAUCAGCAGAAGCAGAAGUUGCAAGGCUUCUUGAGGCCCAGGCUCAGACAUGUACAAUGUCACUUCCACCACAUUCUUCUGGCCAAAUCAGGUCAUAAGGCCGCUCAGAUUCAAGGUGGAGAAAUAGACUCCAUAUCUUGCUGGGAAGAGCUGAAAAGCACCAUGGCUAUUUUUUGAAAUCUACCGUAAUAACGAAGCACCUGUAUUUGCAAAUUUUUAUAUACAUAAAUUAAAAUGGAUUUGAAGUUCUUCCAAUAGUAGGGUAACUCUCCUUGUAUUCAAAUAAAUGGGAGAAAAGGGGGUGGGAAUUUCCCAUGGUUAUGAUAAUGAGUGGUUCAUGUAAAUAUCAUGGGUCAUGAAAGAAAAAGGUUUUGAACAGCUGCCCAAGAGACAGUGUAGUGAGGUGGAAAGAGCAUGAAUCUUAAAAUCAGACAGACCUGUGUUCAAACUCCAUCUCUCCAACUUGUUAGUUGGAUGGCCUUGGGCAAGUUAUUUAACCUGUCUGAACAUCAAUUUCCUCGCCAUAAAACAGGAAUAAUAAUACCUAAGGCACAUAUCUGUUGUGAGGAUUAAAUAAGAUUAUGGGGUAAUGCCCAGAACCUAGUAAAGAGCCAUUUCAUGGUGCUAGUUUCCUUCCUUGACCCCUUAAUUUUGUGAAAUCGGUGUGUAGUGGGCAUAGUGAUUCUUUCAUUCAGAAUCAAAGCUGUCCCACCCCUUUCCCUUCCAGAUACCAGCCUGUCUUUUUUCACAUAUUGCAUAUCUUUGAGAGAUGACUUCAAUACAAUAUUUUUCAACCUGGGAUCUUUGCAAUGUUUGCAAACAUAAACUUACAGUUAAAAAUUCCAAGACAAUUAUUAGCUUUGGUGCUAUAGAUUAUUCACAUUUUUGAGUUGUGCAUAGCUUGCUUUUUCUUUAUGGUCUGGAUAUACUGUGCAAUUUUGGAAACCCACCAUCAGAAAAGGAGGCUUUGAAAUAGUAGAAGUUGGGCAGCAAUGUAUGGGAACCAUGUUUUUUCAGAAAGGAUGCAUUUACAUUGGAUAAGGUUUUCAAACAUAUCCAGGAAUUCUAUGUAGUGAGGUUAGUCUUUGGGGGCUAGAGGAGGCCAGGUUGGGCAAAACCUUUGCUUAAUCUUCUCCUCUGAUGCAUUCUGUAGGGCUCCAUUUUGGCUAAAUCAUCAUAAUUCCCACCAAGACAGCACAGAAUGAUAAUGGUUUUAUUUAUUAUUUUAUAUUCAUUGCCGGUAUAUGCAAAGUUUUAUAGCUUGCUAUAAAUCGAGAGGGAUUAUCACAGCUGUUACUUAUUUUAACAGGUCACAAUACAGUAGUUUAUGCCAGAUGGUUUGGAGAAUUUUGAGGGAGAAAUUUUAUACAGGCAGCCAUAUAGAUACUAGCUUGGGUAGUCACACCCUGAAAUUAAUUUACAUUUGUUAUGAUAUAAAAUAUAUAUGAAUAAACACAUAGUUCCUUAUGAAUGAGUGAUCCAUUUUAUAGCAGCUAUUUCUUCUGGAAGUCAAGGGAGUCCCUUGUGAGCAGUGGUGGGGCAGGAGCAAUAGUAAUGUGCUGCUACUGGGAUAGGUGAGAAGUAAAGCUCCACCACAUGCAUAGCUCUGGAGGGGACAUUCAACUUGCUCCAGGGAAGUAAGCCUUGGAGACAAAAUUGAGUUUUCAUAAUUGGGUCUCAGCACGUAUUUGAGUCAAAGAGAAUAAAGCAGGAAACUCGCCCUAGGUAAACAUAAGGAGGAAUGGGUAUGGUAUAAAUACAGUAGAGCUAGAAUUGGGAUCCUCGAGGUCACCCUCAAGGUCAGUCUGGGACCAAAAGGUUAUCCAGCCCUGGGCAAAUCACAGAACAUAUUACUUCCCUUGCAGAUGCUGAAGUUUAUGGGUAGAAUGGCCAAUUCUGGAUGCUCAGCAGAAACAGGAAGAUAAAAUAAGUACUGAUGAUCAGAAAUCAUUUUAGAAGGUAUUUUUGGUUCCAAGUCUCAUAGAAAAAUUGACUUACACAAUGAAAGACGUAGAGAAAAUUUUACAGAUAUCUACCCUCCUUAUUUUAUAGAUGAAGAAACAGACCAAGAGGAUCAUUUAAAUAUGAUCAUCUUAGUUUUUUCAGUAAAGAAGUAAAAUCAGACUGUCAAAGUAUUUGGGCUCCAUUGGCUUCCUCCAAUCUUUCUCCCCUUGAUCCAGCCCCACGAGUUCCUCUCCUGUAUCCCACCUCAUGAUGGGAAAGGACCACAUUCCCACCUACUAGAAUAAUCCAAAGACCAGGUCUAAAGCACACCUGGAUUUUCUUGGUAAAUUGUCUGAGGCAUAAAGUUAAUAUACCACCUCUUGAACUGAAUUAAAACUAUUUAGCCUUGUAGAGUCAAUUCUUCCAGCUCCUGUAAAAUAGGAGUCAAUUAAGAUCUGUUUGUGUCAACAAAAUAGUAAAUCAACCAGCAAAGGUAAAUUUAAAAUGGGAGAUUUGGAGCAUAUAACAGCUAAAAUCUAUAUGUACAAAAUCAGGAAAUGACAGUAUUUUGACAAUUGAAUAGUCCAUGCAUGUUGAAGGACAGAACUGGAAUCUGCAUCGUGGAGUCCCCCAAGAUGGCUAGUAGAAGAAUGAAAGCUUUGAAAAUUUGUAAGCUCAGCAAUACAGAAAUACCCCCACUCUUCUCAGGGCUGCUGAACUUCCAAUAACUUCAGCUUUCAGGAAUACAGCACCAAACCUGGAAGUAAGCGAAAAGAGUUUCCCAAGGCUACAAAUAAUUGUCAGCAAGCCCACAUGUAUCCUUUUGGCUCUUGCUGGAGAAUUGGUAACUCUUCUUUAAUGAACAGAUGUUUCCCAGCCAUGGGUGUCUGUUAUCCCCAGCUCACUGGAGACUUAAACUCUGGGGAAAGGAGCUAGAAGAAGGUUGAGAAAGGAAUGAUAAUGGAGAACUAAAUACCAAGGAAAGAGCAUGGAAAUCCACAAAGGAGUCUUAGAAAUGUGUUACCAUAGAGACCAAUAAUAAGCCUUCUUAAUAAAGACCCUAAGUAAUCAACAAAACAUUAAAUUGUGUUUUGUAGCAUCUGAUUAAAGAGACAGGAAAGUGAAUUACUCAAGGUAGGCUAAUUCUGGUAAUAAACCCCCAAUAUUUCAGUGUCUUACCUCUCACUUUCCUUGCAGUUUAAUGCUGGUUAGCUUGCAGGUGGGUACCUAGGCUCUUCCCAUCUUAGGAAUCCACCAUCUCAUAGAGCCUCUGUGUUCAGCCAGCAGGGAAGACAAGAAAGUGUGUGUAGGAAUAGGUAAGAGUUUUUAUGUGCCAAGGCUGGAGGCACACGUAACUUCUGCCCACAUUCCAUUGGCCAGGACUCAGUUAGAGGGCUGUACCUAACUGCAAGGGAGGCUGGGAAAUGUAGUUUAGCUGUAGGAGAAAGGAGACAGUUUGGUGGACAACUAAUUAGCCAGUUUCUUCUAAAGAAAGUAUAAAAUAUGCUCAGAACAAUAAGGGGCUUCAGAAAAUUGUUCUUGGUUGGAUAAACUUUAGUUAUAUGGAAAAUUACCUAUGUAGACUUUACCAUUUCCUGGCAAUACCAGUUAAAGGAAAUAGUUAUUUCCUGAGCCACACUGUAGAUCAGAGGUUGGCAAAUUAUGGCCCAUGGGCCAAAUCCCACACACUCUCUAUUUUUGUGAAGAAGGUUCUGUUGAAACACAGCCACAUCCAUCUAUAUAUGCACCAUCCAUGGCUGCUUUUGAGCUACAACAGCAGAGUAGAGUAGUUGCAACAGAGACUACAUAGCCAGCAAAGCCUAAAAUACUUUCUACCUGGCCCUUUACAGAAAAAGUUUGUUGACCCCUGCUAUAGAUCAUCACUGUCCUAAAAAAGGACACAUUUGCAAAAUUGUCUGUGAGACCUGGUAUCCUUGGCUUUCAGUAAAAACAUCAGUAUGUCGAAGAGACAUCUGCACUCCCAUGUUUAUUGCAGCACUAAUUGCAAUAGCCAAGAUAUGAAAUCAACCUAUGUCCAUUGACAGAUGAAUGGAUAAAGAAUAUGUGGCUUGUAUACACAACAGAAUACUAUUCAACCAUAAAAAAAGAAUACAAUCCUAUCAUUUGCAGCAACAUGGAUGAAACUGGAGGACAUUAUGUUAAGUGAAAUAAGCUAGGCACAGAAAGACAAACAUGGCAUGUUCUCACUCAUAUGUGAGAGCUAAAAAAAAGAUCACAUAGAAGUAGAGAGUAGAAUAGUGGUUACCAGAGGCUGGGGAUGGUGGUGUGGGGAUAAGGAGAGUCUGGUUAAUGAAUUUAAAAAAUUACAGCUAGAUAGGUGGAAUACGUUCUAGUGGUAUAUAGCACUGCAGGGUGACUAUAGUUAACAAGAAUUUAUUGUAUAUUUUGAAAUAGCUAGAAUAGAGGAUUUUGAAUAUUUCCAACACAAAGAAAUGAUAAAUGCUUUAGAUGAUCAAUUUGCUAAUUAUCCUAUUUUGAUCAUUUCACAUUGUACACAUGUAUUGAAAUAUCAUACUGUAUGCUGAAAAUAUGUAUAAUUAUUAUGUAUCAAUUAAAAUAAUAAUUUAAAAUAUAUAUCAGAAAAGUAGGAUACCUAUAUGGACUGGGAUGUAAACUCAGUCCUUAGAAUGUCAGCUCCAACUGGGCCCAGACUCUGCUGUAUCCCCACAAGCACCCAGCACAGUACCUGGCAUCUAAGAGAUACUCAAUAAGGGCUUAUAUUUGAACCUUUGAUCCAUAGGAAGCUUCAGGUACCCUAACCACCAUACAGGGGAUAGGGGGACCUAAAAAAAAUGCAAUAUGAGCAUUAUGUGUGAAGACCUCAAACACAGGUAGGAAGGAACCAUCUUUGUUGAGCUUUUAUUACGUGCUAGGCACUAUCAUGGUGCUUUAUUGUUUUAUUUACUCUUUUAAGCAACUCUAUAAAUUAGGUAUUCUUAUUUUCAUUUUACAAAUGAGAAACUGAUUCAAAGAAGGUUCAAGAUUCAGAGAGUCAAAUAAUUUUCCCAAGGCCACACUUGUUAAGAACUGGAGGAGCUAGGAUUCAAACACAGGUCUUUCUGGGUACAAAGCCUAUGUGGUUUUCUUUUCUUUUCUUUUUCUUUUUUUUUUUUAACCUCUCUGCCAUGGGACUUGCUAAAAUCUCAUUCAAAUUUAAGCAAUCUAGUUAUAUCAUUAUUUUUGCCAUCACUGUUAACAACCACCUCAUUAUUGUAAAGAUCAAUACAAAGGAGAAAAGACAGGGCCAUUUUCAUUGCUUUGUGGAAUUCUGCAGACUUCAUUGUCAAGGCUCUCCCGUGAUAGAGCAGACCUGAAAACCUGGAGCAAUGCAGUUCAUUUCCUUGGGCUGUGUGAUUAGUGACUUGGCCACUAGCUACCCAUGCACUUGCCAGGGAUUGCUGUCGAGGGCAGCCAUUUUGCUCACCCUAAUGUAAAUUCUCAUGUCAAGACCUAAGAGGUUUGAGUCUGUACAUGGUGAGGCUUCCUGUUUGAAGUUGAUCUGAGAGCUUGUUAACAUACAGAUGGCCAGGCCUCACCCCAGAGUCUGAUUCAGCAGAUCUGGGAAGGCCUGAGAAGGUGUAUCUCUACCAAACCCCCAGGGGCUGCCGGUCCUUUGAGAAGCAAGGCUAAGGGAAGGACUUCCCUUUACCUUUGAGAAGCUCUGACUGGUAUUCCCACCCACUUCACAUCUCCCAUCAGUAGCCAAUCCAUCAAGCCUUCCCAAAGCCUUAGGGGUCCAGGUCUGCCCUUGGCAGGCAGAACUCCUCCCACUGACCCCUCGGUGACAUUUGACAUUAUAAAUCACCCAGCCUUCUUAAAACUCUUUCGUCCAUCCCCCUGUUUCUGAGAUGGGGCCCUUCCCCCCUUCCAUCCUGGUCUCCUGCUUCUCUGAGUAAUGUCUCUCUUCCUCUCUGAUGACCUUUUCCUUUACCCACCCACCCCUUAAACCUUGGGGUGCAUGGCUGUCUUCUCACCUUCACUGGGGGAGUGGCCAUGCCAUCUCCUCCCACCUCAUCCUUCCUGUCCCAGCCACACUCUGUCUUCCGGGGGACUUCCACCAGAUUCUCUGUCGUUGCCAGCAGCUGGCAGCCCUCCAAGGAGGCUAGUGGAGAACAGCUAACCCAGACUGACUUGGGUUCUAGGUGAUACUUCAUGUGACCACAAUCAUUAAUUCACAGUAAUGCCAAUUAGGAAAUAUUCUUUAUUUCACACACAGGCAAACCCCAAGAUUUCUUAUGACCUUGGCAAGUGGAGUGUUUCACAAUUGUGAAUUCUGGAGAAGUUACAGGCCUGGUGGAUAUAGUAUUGCCCACACAUGCAAAUCUGCCCAGCGCCUAAACAUCCCUAGUUGAAAAUAGGCAACCCAGUCAGAAAAGAGUCAAGUUUUCCCUAAAUAGGUUUCAAAGACAUAUUACCAAAAACAACAUCCCACAAGUCAUCUUUGGAUAAUUUCAUUCACUGGGUUUCUUCUUGUUAUGUAUGGUAUUAGGAUAUAUCCCAUAAGUGUUGUCUUUGAAGUGGCCCUAAAUGGCUCUCUGCCUUCUGCAUUAGGUCGCUAUAUGGAGAGCCUACCAACUUAAGCUAUGGGCACACACUGCCAUGGUUUUUAACCCUGGUUCAACCUCAGAUCUGGUUUAGUACAUCGCCGCUCCCUGGAGAUUAAUACAUGGCUGCAAAGGCAUUGUCCUUGCAGUGUUUUUCAGCCUGGGCAGGGUGAGAUGUGUCUAGGAUGCGAGGUUUCAGCGUCCGGAGAUGAAUGGGGGGAGGGGACGCAAUGUCACAUUUUUCGGGUGCUCUAGUCCUGUUAUAUGCGGGCACAUGCUCUACGCCAGUCUCUGUCCACCCUCUUGCCCGGGCUGGAGGGGUUGGCACGGUCGGCGUUUCUGAUUCCUUGCUCUGCUGUUGGCCAUAGACUAGGGAUAAGGGAGGUGAGAAGAGAGCCACGGGGGUGCGGUGCUGAGCAGCUGCGGUCGGUCCAGCCUGUUGGUGAUGUGCGGAGCCCGCCGCCCCUCUGGGCAUGGGUAACGCGCAGCCCCAGCGGUCGCGCUACGGGAGAAGGAAACACAGAGGUGCAAGAAAUCCGGAUCCGGGAUCCUCCGCAGCCUCCGGCUUGUCUAAGCUCACAGGCCGGGCUUUGUGGCUGGCUCCCGCGCGCCACCGAGUUUGGGGCUGGGGACUGAGUCCUGCAGCUCACUGCGGCUGGCAGCAGGGGACGGAUUAUUUUUAGCAGGUUCCCUUUAGCCCGGUGGAGCUGGGAGAUACUCGCAGAGCCAGGCGGCUGUCCGUGGAGCAUUGGUGCAGCCGUGCCUUGCUGCCCCGGAGGUUUGGCUGCCGCAGUCCUCUCCAUUCACUGAGCUGUAAAUCGAAGCUGUCUACACCGGCAAGGCUCUCGAUCCCAGCGUGGCCCCAGGGCUACGUCCCGCCCAGGUCUCCCGGCACCUGAUUUCCCAGUGGUCAAUUAGGUGUCUCAGCCUGCAGCAUUGAAGCAGUGGAGGGGCCAAUGCCCCUGCUUUGAUGGAGCGCGCCGUGCGCAGAGACCUCCCCAGUCGACUUCCUCAUCAGAAGGCAGCAUCCAUUCAUAAUUCUCUGCCUGUGGACCGAGUUAGGCUGGAGCUGGGCAUGGACUCCUGCGAUCUCUCUUUUUGCAUCUGAAGGAGAAACUAAGAUAAAAGGGAAAAGGAAGGGGGAAUGCAGUCCUAACGCAACAAGGCGCUGGAAAGUCCCCGAGAGGCCUCUCUUUUGCGGGGAGAGGGAGAAGAGGCAGAUUCCGAGCCCAGCGCCCCAGCCAGCUGCUGCUUCGCUGCGGAGCCGGCACGCAUGCCUACCUCACCUGACGGCCGCAUUCCCGGGGAGCCGGCGCGGGGCCCGGCGGCGCGCCCAGGGCGCACGGGCGGUAGGAUUUCUGCACCAGGGGAACGAUGCACGGGCGGGCUGCCCAGGGCCGAGCCUGAGCCUGAGCGGGCGCCAGGGGAGGCUAGCCUCGGCGUGGCGCCCCACCGCAACCCUCCGGGAUGCUCCGCGACUCGCAGCCCAGGCCAUGCGGCCGUCUCCAACCUGGACAUCGAGAGUAAGCUGAGUGUGUACUACCGCGCCCCGUGGCACCAGCAGCGCAACAUCUUCCUCCCAGCCACAAGGCCACCCUGCGUGGAGGAGCUGCACCGCCACGCCCGGCAGAGCCUGCAAGCCCUGCGCAGAGAACAUCGGAGCCGGAGCGAUCGCCGAGAGCAAAGAGCAGCUGCCCCCCUUUCCAUUGCAGCUCCUCCACUGCCAGCCUACCCUCCAGCUCACAGCCAGAGGAGGCGUGAGUUUAAGGACCGUCACUUUUUAACGUUUAACAGCACCCGUUCGCCCUCCCCCACUGAAUGUUGCCACAUGACCCCGUGGAGUAGAAAGUCCCAUCCCCCAGAGGAUGAAGAUACAGAUGUCAUGUUAGGGCAGAGGCCGAAAAACCCAAUACACAAUAUCCCUUCCACACUGGACAAGCAGACCAACUGGAGCAAAGCACUACCUCUCCCGACGCCAGAGGAGAAGAUGAAACAAGAUGCCCAAGUGAUUUCUUCUUGCAUUAUUCCCAUCAAUGUUACUGGAGUUGGCUUUGACAGAGAGGCUAGUAUACGCUGCUCUCUGGUUCAUUCACAAUCGGUACUACAGCGGAGACGAAAAUUGAGGAGGAGGAAAACCAUCUCGGGUAUCCCCAGAAGAGUUCAACAAGAAAUAGAUUCUGAUGAAUCACCAGUGGCCAGGGAAAGGAAUGUGAUUGUGCACACAAACCCAGACCCCUCCAACACUGUCAAUAGGAUAUCUGGAACCAGGGACUCUGAGUGCCAAACCGAGGAUAUUCUGAUUGCUGCCCCAUCCAGAAGGAGAAUCAGAGCUCAAAGGGGUCAAAGCAUUGCAGCUUCCCUUUCUCAUUCUGCUGGCAACAUUUCUGCCCUAGCAGACAAAGGUGACACCAUGUUUACUCCUGCAGUGAGCAGCCGCACAAGAUCUCGGAGCCUUCCCCGGGAAGGUAAUAGAGGUGGGGAUGCUGAGCCCAAAGUUGGCGCUAAACCCUCAGCAUAUGAAGAGGGAGAGUCUUUUGUGGGUGACCGUGAAAGAACCCCUAAUGAUUUCAGUGAGGCUCCAAGCAGCCCGAGUGCCCAGGACCACCAGCCUACUUUGGGCCUGGCCUGCUCUCAACAUCUUCACAGCCCCCAGCACAAAUUAAGUGAGAGGGGAAGGUCACGUCUGUCCCGAAUGGCUGCUGACUCUGGCAGCUGUGACAUCUCCUCCAACUCAGACACGUUUGGGAGCCCCAUCCACUGCAUCUCCACGGCUGGCGUCCUCCUUAGCAGCCACAUGGACCAGAAAGAUGACCACCAGUCAUCCAGUGGCAACUGGAGUGGGAGCAGCUCCACGUGCCCCUCGCAGACCUCAGAAACCAUCCCUCCUGCAGCUUCUCCUCCACUCACUGGCUCUUCACACUGUGACUCGGAGUUGUCACUAAACACAGCCCCUCAUGCCAAUGAGGAUGCCAGUGUUUUCGUGACAGAGCAAUACAAUGACCACUUGGAUAAAGUGAGAGGCCAUCGGGCAAACUCCUUUACCUCCACUGUUGCAGACCUGCUGGAUGAUCCCAACAACAGCAACACAAGUGACAGUGAGUGGAAUUACCUACACCACCACCAUGAUGCCUCCUGCCGCCAGGAUUUUAGUCCUGAGCGUCCCAAGGCAGACAGCCUGGGCUGCCCAAGCUUCACAAGCAUGGCCACUUAUGACAGCUUUCUGGAAAAGUCUCCAUCAGACAAAGCGGACACUAGCUCUCACUUUUCAGUAGACACGGAAGGAUACUAUACCUCCAUGCACUUUGACUGUGGUCUCAAAGGUAAUAAGAGCUAUGUCUGUCACUAUGCAGCCCUGGGCCCAGAGAAUGGCCAGGGUGUAGGGGCUUCCCCUGGUCUUCCAGAUUGUGCCUGGCAGGACUACUUAGACCACAAGAGGCAGGGAAGACCAAGCAUCUCUUUCAGGAAACCAAAGGCAAAGCCGACCCCACCUAAACGUAGCUCAUCAUUGAGGAAGUCUGAUGGAAACGCAGAUAUUUCUGAGAAGAAAGAACCAAAGAUAAGCAGUGGUCAGCACCUGCCUCACAGUUCCAGGGAAAUGAAGCUGCCUCUUGAUUUCGCCAACACGCCUUCUCGAAUGGAAAACGCCAAUCUUCCCACCAAGCAGGAACCUUCUUGGAUAAACCAGAGUGAACAUGGCAUUAAGGAACCUCAGUUAGAUGCUUCGGAUAUUCCACCAUUCAAAGAUGAAGUUGCCGAAUCCACACACUAUGCAGACCUCUGGCUCCUAAAUGACUUGAAAACAAAUGAUCCUUAUAGAUCUCUAUCUAAUUCAAGCACCGCUACGGGUACCACAGUCAUUGAAUGCAUCAAAUCUCCAGAGAGCUCUGAAUCCCAAACAUCACAAUCAGAAUCAAGAGCCACCACUCCAUCUCUUCCUUCUGUUGACAAUGAGUUUAAACUGGCUUCACCAGAAAAGCUGGCUGGCUUGGCAUCUCCAUCAAGUGGCUAUUCAAGCCAGUCUGAAACGCCAACAUCCUCUUUCCCUACAGCUUUCUUUUCAGGUCCAUUGUCUCCCGGAGGUAGCAAAAGGAAACCUAAAGUCCCAGAAAGAAAAUCCUCACUACAGCAACCCUCUUUAAAAGAUGGAACUAUAUCACUGAGUAAAGACCUUGAACUUCCAAUUAUACCUCCUACCCAUCUUGAUCUAAGUGCUCUUCAUAAUGUCUUGAACAAACCAUUCCACCACCGUCAUCCACUGCAUGUUUUUACUCAUAAUAAGCAGAACACAGUAGGAGAAACACUGAGGUCGAAUCCUCCACCGUCCCUUGCAAUUACACCAACGAUCCUGAAAUCUGUUAACCUUAGGUCCAUCAACAAGUCUGAAGAAGUUAAGCAAAAAGAAGAAAACAAUACAGAUCUCCCUUAUUUAGAGGAAAGCACACUCACAACGGCUGCCUUGUCUCCAGGUAAGAUUAGGCCGCAUACAGCAAAUAAAUCAGUAUCUCGUCAAUACUCCACUGAAGACACCAUACUGUCCUUUUUAGACUCUUCUGCAGUUGAGAUGGGACCAGAUAAACUACAUUUAGAAAAAAACUCUACUUUUGAUGUGAAGAAUCGCUGCGAUCCAGAAACCAUAACAUCAGCUGGUAGCAGUCUUCUAGAUUCAAAUGUCACAAAAGACCAAGUGCGUACAGAGACUGAGCCUAUUCCAGAAAACACGCCAACCAAAAACUGUGCUUUUCCCACAGGAGGAUUUCAGAGGGUCUCUGCUGCCCGCCCAAAUGAUUUGGAUGGUAAAAUAAUACAAUAUGGACCUGGUCCAGACGAAACUCUAGAACAGGUACAGAAGGCACCCUCUGCAGGUCUGGAGGAAGUUGCACAACCUGAAUCUGUGGAUGUAAUCACAUCUCAGUCAGACUCACCAACUAGAGCAACAGAUGUAAGCAAUCAACUUAAGCAUCAAUUUGUUAUGAGCCGCCACCAUGACAAAGUGCCUGGUACUAUCAGCUAUGAAUCGGAGAUAACAUCUGUAAAUUCAUUCCCUGAAAAAUGUUCCAAGCAGGAAAAUAUUGCUUCAGGUAUUUCAGCCAAAAGUGCCUCUGAUAACAGCAAAGCAGAGGAGACCCAAGGAAAUGUGGAUGAGGCUUCAUCGAAAGAAUCAUCACCGAGUGAUGACUCCAUCAUUUCACCACUUAGUGAAGACUCCCAAGCUGAAGCAGAGGGUGUGUUCGUGUCUCCAAACAAACCUCGAACAACUGAGGAUUUAUUUGCAGUCAUUCACAGAUCCAAGAGGAAAGUACUUGGAAGAAAAGAUUCCGGGGACAUGUCUGUUCGAAGCAAAUCGAGAGUUCCCCUCAGCAGUAGCAGCAGCAGCGCCAGUUCCAUCACUUCACCCAGCAGUAAUGUGACAACCCCCAACAGCCAGAGGUCUCCUGGUCUCAUAUACCGAAAUGCCAAAAAGUCCAACACAUCCAAUGAAGAGUUUAAGCUGUUACUGCUCAAGAAAGGCAGUCGCUCAGAUUCCAGUUACCGCAUGUCUGCCACUGAGAUCCUGAAGAGCCCCAUACUGCCCAAACCUCCUGGGGAGCUCACAGCAGAGUCCCCUCAGAGCACCGAUGAUGCCCAUCAGGGGUCACAAGGGGCUGAGGCAUUGUCCCCACUCUCUCCAUGCUCCCCACGAGUUAAUGCAGAAGGCUUUUCCUCGAAGAGCUUUGCCACCUCAGCAUCAGCAAGGGUUGGACGUUCUCGGGCCCCUCCUGCAGCCAGCAGCAGCCGCUACAGUGUCCGCUGCCGGCUGUACAAUACGCCCAUGCAGGCAAUCUCCGAGGGAGAGACGGAAAAUUCUGACGGGAGCCCACAUGACGACCGUUCCUCCCAGAGUUCAACAUAGACUGCCUGUACCAGGCUGCCUGGCAAAGGCCAAAACCCUUACUCACAUGAGGAUGGAGGAACAGAACAGAGGACUUGGGAAAAGUCUCAACUUGAUGGGGUAGCAUCACUGCUAAGCAAUGAAUGAAUUUCUAAAUACAGUAUGUGCUGGGUAAACAGAAAGUGGUUUAGACAUUCUUGAUUAGUUUCCAUGUUUUAAGUAGCUGCAGUCUUUCAUGUUUUUCUUUAGCAUAGUUUGAUUUACGCAAUCUCCUUCCUUGUGAAAAUAGAGGAUACAAAAAUGUCUAAUUUUCAUGACACCUAGAAAACGUUUUCCCAGAGCUGCCUAUUCAGAAACUAAAGCCCUCACUGUCAUUAUUCUUUAAGAAGAUGAAAUUACUCUGGAUGUUUGGUAUUUUUUUACAUUAAAACAAACUAAAGCAAAAUUUAGAAGAAAGAACUACACAUAUGUAAAUACCAUAUUUUUGAUAAAAAUGUGUAAAUAGAUUUAUCAAUGAUGAGUGGACAUGUGGUCAAUUAUCUACUGCACACCAACUGUUUAUAGAAUACCCAAAAAUAAAAUGUAAUAACUGUAUUCUGUGAAUACCAUUUUCAUAUCAAAUGCCAUAUUUAAAUGUCCACCAAUAUGAUUUCUGAGUGGUAAACCUCAAAUAUGAAUUUUAAACUGGUGAACUAAAGGAAAUCUUGAGGUCAUAUACUGAAAUAUGAAUAAAUUAAAAUAAUGAAUUCAGAUCUAAUCAUUUUUAUGACAAAUUGCAGCACCAAACAAACUAAUAGCAACCCAUGGCUGUGAUUUGUUGUGUGGUAAUUUGGACAGAAUGAAAAGCAUGCUUUUGAUUUUUUUUUUAAUCAGUGAGAGAAGUCAUCAUUCUCAACACAAAGCCCUGAACAACAGCAUUUGACAGUGUCCUUUAGAUUUUAAUUUUUUCAAUGGAUUCCUUUAAAGAGAAUGAGUAGGGAAAAUAGUAGUUAAUUUUAGGUUAUGUUUUAUAUUAGGCUACUGGGGACAUAAACGGUCAUAACUAAUGACUGUAAUCAUUAAACUCCUUAAACAGUUUAGAAAUUAGCUCCAGGUUCUUAAACUAACAAAAAUAAAACCUAAGCAUGCCACAGAGCUAUUGAUUAAUCAGUAAGUACCUGUAAUGAGUUUUCAGUGAAGCUUUCUCUCUGUGCUGAUGAGAUUCAUGCUACCUAAAAAUUAACAGAAAUGACACUGUGAACAAUGUAGUUGGAAAAUAGGUAUGUGUAUAUGCAUUAUUUAUACUCAUUGUUAAACUGGGAAUGGGGAACAGCUCUGGUUCACAAUACUACAUACAACUGAGUUUUUGUCUGGUUUUACUAUAGUGUCUGCUUGAUGGCAAAAGGGGAGGGUGGUGGGUGGGAGAGGAAAUGUCAGGGCAUGUGCUCUGAUAAAAUAAAGGCAGGGAAACAAGCUGAAUUACUUGAAAUUACUUGAAUUUUCUUGUCUUAAAACUGAAAAAAGAUGUAGUUACAAGUUAAAAUCUGCAAAUGGUUUUUACACCUCUGAUUUUAACAUGAACUUAUACUAAUGUUUGGAAUCUUAUGUCAGAAAUAUAAGCAGCUAUGUACUUAGAAUAGGUUUUGAAUGGGAGAGGUAGAACAUAGAGAGAAUUAAGAAGGGAUCUGACUUAUAAAAGACUAGAAUGUGAUUAGAGUGAUAGAACAUACCAAUGUUACCAAGAAAUUGACAAGCUGCUGGCUUUAAGCUUAUGCAAGUGGUAGUUGGGAAAGUAGGAGGUGUGGAAGGGGGUUUGCAUUUUGGAUUAAUUCAUGCAAAAUGAAGGAGGAAGCCUGGUCUAAGAAGAUACUGUCUUUCAAUAGAAAUGAUUUCUAAACUGCUACAGAUUAAGAAUAGAUAAUCUGAUUGCUGUUGUUUUGUUUGUUUGGAAAGAAAAAAAAUGUCUGGCUUCUUCUACUAUUUGUUUUCACUACCAAACUGUGUUACUAAAUUUCUUGUCAUCCUUGUAUGUAAAAUGGGUGCUGGGGGUGGAGGGGUAUAAGAGGAGGGAGAGUCAGAGAGAGUGUGUAUGGGUGUGUGUGAGUGUGAGUGUGUGUGUACGCACACACACUGGGGAUAGAUAAGCUACCUGGUAAAGGGUUUGAACAUUUACAAAAUGUCACACUUUUUCUUAAAAGAAAAAUAUUUUGGGGUUUGAAUAAAAUGGACCAUCAUUUCUCACUGGAACCCAUUAAUUAAGAAAACCAGCAUGGUUUGACACCACAUGGGAACAUGAAUAAAUCUGUCUCAUGAUUUGAAAAGUACACCUUGCAAAGUUUUAAAAAUAAAGUUUUUAGGCAAAUGCGAUAAGAAACCGUCAUUUCCAGUCACAGUAGGCGAUCUUUUGUAAUUUCAUAAAAGCAGUUCGUUUGCAGUAUGGCUUUUGUGUAGUUAGGGGUUUUUUAAGCGUGAAGAAAGGUAUGUGGGCUUUAAAAGUGAUUCUAAAUCUUGAAUAGAAAACACAUGAAUUGGCUUUAAUAAAAAUGUCACCUUUUUAUUAUUGACAUUAAUUUAAGUAAUGGUACCAUAUAUUUUUUAAAAUACAUAUUGACUUGAAUUGUGAGGCAAUAAGAUACCUUCUAUAUGUAAUGAUCACAGAACUAACCCUCAUAAUAUAGUUUUACUUAUUUUGUUUACUCUAAAAAUCUAUAGCAGAGUUUCUCUAUUUUAUAUUUCAUAGAUUUAAAAAACCCAAAUAAAGAUGGAUUUAAAAUUCACUGUGGAAAAGAGUAUUGAGUUACAAACUGAGAAGAAAAAGCAGGAAGUUCCCUAAUAAUCUGGAAUAUUCUACAUGGCUUGAUUACAUAGCAAACAAGACCAAGAUUUAGGGCUGUCUUUAACAUCACUGCCGUCUUGAAGCAGGGUACACACGUUAGGUAUUGUGAAGAACAUCAAUCCGAACUUUUCUUCCGUUGUUUGCACUGAUGCGAUUUUUUGUUCUUUUAUGUUUAUACAACGUAUCUAUGUUGUGUAGGGGAAAUUUUUUCAUUUUUUAAAAAUUCUACUUUGGUUUUGUUGUUGUUUUGAUUUGUUUUUGGCUAAGUAGAGGACAUGGACUAGUUGUAGCAAACAGAACAUGCUGUUUGCUCUUGCCAAAGGUCAGUGAGUGAGUGCAUUUGCUGCAGUGGUGGCACGUAGAGAACUAGAUGGUAAUAAAGAUUUAAAACUAUGAAGAAGGUUACAGUGUAACUAUUUUGGUACUAGAACCAGUUCAUGCUGGCCGAAACGACAAUGGUUUAUGGACUUGCAUCCAUUUUGUAUUUUUGUAAUAUUUGUAAAUAUGAACUUUUUAAAUUGCUGCAAAGAUGGUUUCUUUUGUAAGAUGUUUUCAACGUUUACAUUCAAUCCAAGCCUUUGUAUAUUUUAGAGCUGUGCAACACUUUAAGUCUUGUAUUUAUUUUUAGUAAAAAUGGUGACAGUUUCAUUGUGAACCCCUCUCAAAAAAAAUGUAUCAGAAAAGUUUGAUUACCUAGAAAGUGUGUAUAGAAACUGCAAAUAAACGUGACUGCAAUUAAACAA